GUAUAACUUUUGUAAAAUUUGCCGACUGAUUAUUUUUGUUGUUGUUGUGGUUAAGAUUCUCAAUGAAAUUACUAUUACCCAAUGUGGAUUGGGGUUCAGUAGGAUGAAUACUGAAAGCAUUUUUGUUAAAUAUACUUAUUUAUCAUUGAUCAUUUCUUCAUUAGUUUUGUAUGAUCAUCACGUUAAAAAAAGUUCUAAAUUAUCCCAUUAUACUAGUGCAUUAAUGGAUUAUUCAUAUUUUAAUAAUGUCAACAAAACUUAUAUUUAAUUGCUUGGAUUUAAAUUCAGAGGAUUACUUAGUGAUUAGUCCUCCUCUCUGUUAGGGAGGAUGAAAAAAGCUUCUGAACAGAAAUCAACAGGAAAUAAUGUUAAGUCUAAUGUUCUCAACGAACAACAACGUGUACAAAAGAAAACUUUCACUAAUUGGGUCAAUGCAUGUUUGCAAAAGCUACCUGACCCAAUUCAUAUCAAUGAUCUUUUCAAAGAUAUUGGUGAUGGAACUACUCUUAUUCAUCUUCUUGAAGUAUUAUCAGGAGAAAAAUUGCAAAUUGAAAAUCCUCGUAUUCUACAAAGAGCUCAUAAACUUAGCAACGUUCGUAAUGCUUUAGAUUAUUUAGAAAAAACAUGUAAAAUAAAACUUGUAAAUAUCAAUCCCGCAGAUGUGGUCGACGGGAAACCAGCGAUUGUUUUAGGUCUUAUAUGGUCGAUCAUAUUAUUUUAUCAAAUUCAAGGUCAUCAGAAAGUAUUAAAAGAUGCAUUGAAAUCUCGUCGUAAAAGUCUCUCGAAAUCAAUCGAUUCUGAUGCCACUGGAAAUGUUAGUAGCAAAUCUGAAGAGACUAGUUUAUCUGAACAAGUGGAUAGUACAAAAAGUGUAACCGGUUCCAGGACUCGACAAGCUUUAUUAACUUGGGUUGAACAGUCUUUUCGUUCCCAUAAAUCAACAUUAGAAAUUAGAGUUACCGACUUCGGUUCAUCUUGGCGUGAUGGUAAAGCAUUUUGUGCUUUGGUGCAUAACAUUAAUCCAAGUCUUAUUGAUAUGGGUGAAGUUAUGCAUCGAAAAAAUCGUGAGAAUUUAGAAUUUGCUUUCAACGUAGCUGAACAAAGACUUGGUGUACCAAAAUUACUAGAUCCUGAAGAUGUUGACGUAGAUAAACCGGAUGAACGUUCAAUUAUAACAUAUGUAGCACAAUUUAUUCUAAUCGCUAGUUCACAUCCACCUAAGAUUAAAUCAAGAUCUGGUUCACGUCGAUCAAGUACUAACAGUUCGGAAAAACUACAAUCGCAACAGAAAUUAAAAGCAGCAAAUAUCGACAUGAAAACUGAAUCUAAAACAGAAAAUGAAUAUCAUGCAGCACUUAGAUUAGCUUCAUUUGAACCUGACCCUGAAAUUGACCCUGCAUUAAUCUUGAAUGCAUCAACUACUGCUAAUUUCCUGGAACGUCGUCGUGCCAGACGAGCAAGUUUAAGUGGUCCACAAACUAUGGAUGAUGAAGCACUACAUAAUCUAAUUUUAGCUACAAGUCCUGUAAGUUCUGGGACUGGUGGUGCUUCUACACCUACAGACGAUGCAGCUAUUGCAUUAUCUUCAUCAACACCAGGUUAUACGCGUACUACUAUGUCAGGUUCUCCAUCUCCUCCUAGUUAUAGUACAUCACCACAUCGAUCUGGUCGUGCACGUUCAUAUGCUGGAUUACGUUUAUGUCGAGUAGCUAAAAAUGUAUCAAAAUGUCGUGCAAUUGCAAAUAUUCGUGUAACAGCUGAACCACCUCGAGCUACACGUCAUAUUGUUCCCGUUCUACAUUUAGGUGGAGAGGGUAAUGAACAAACAGAAGCGGAAAAAGAACGUGUUCUAUUAAUUACGAUUAAAGAAUUAAUUGCUCGAGUUCGACAUAAUCCAAUUGAAUCACAAGAUUUUCUCACUGAAUUUGAAAGUUUUCUCCAAGCUCAACUUGAACAUGAAAAUAUGGCUGCUUAUAUUCGUGAGCUUGAUGAUAGAAGACGUCAAGGUUUAUUACUUGGCCUAAGACCAGAAGAAUUAGAACGUGCUGAAGCCGAAUGGAGCCGAGUGAAACCUGAACUUGAUGAAUGGCGUUGGCGUUUAGAUAAUGUUCUACCAGGUGAAUGGCGUCAAGUUGGUCAAUGGUUGUCAAAAUUAGAAAAAUGUCUAAUAACUGAUGCAUUGAUAGCUUCACAACUUGGUCUGGAAUUAGCUCCAGAAGCGAAAAAUUUGACUCAUGAAGAACGUGCAACACGACUUCGUAAUUGCUUAAACGAACAUGAAGAUAUUUUCAAUAAUAUUGAAGAUUUAAAUCAUUUAAUUAAUAAAUUAAGUGAAGAAAAUGAAAAAUUAAAUGAAAUUGCUCAAGAUGCUACAACAUCAGAUGUAUUAACUACAUUACCAAUUCGUUUACCACAAAUUAUUGUUGAUUCAUUGAAAUCUCGUUUUAUCACAGCUUAUUUAAAUGGUCAAUUAACUAAACGACGUUUAGAACGUUUAGUGUUACGUUGGGAUUUAACACAUAAAAUAACUAUAAUACGUGAACAUUUAAUUAAUUGGCAAACAAUUAAAUGUAAAGAGACAUCUGAAGUAGAUUUACAUAUUAAUGAAAUUAAAGAUUAUCUAUCAUCCAUGAAUAUACCUGAAGAUAUGGAUACUGGCUUGGAUAAGCUUAAAGAAUUAGCAUUAGAACGCGAUGAUAUUGCGUGCCAAAUUGCUGAACAACGUGAAAAAUUGGAAGCCAAUGCAAAAUUAUCAGGUCCUAUGGUAAAUCAACAAGCUUCCGUUAGUACCGGUGGUGGAGCAUUCAUUUUAACUGACUAUGCUGAAACUGAGCGAAAAGAAACUAAUUUCUUUUUAACUUCACUUAAUACACGUUGGAAAGAUACAUGGUCGGAUCUAUUGAAUAUACAAACACAUUUAGGCGAACUUUCUGUUAAAUGGAAUCUAUACGAAACGGAAAAAUUACAUCUAAGCAACUGGUUAACGGAAGUGAGGAAACUACUUGCCGAUGAGAGUACAAGUGCUGAAGAACGUGAAAAAUUAUAUAAUGAUUUAAAAGAAUGGCGUACACGUGUGUCGGCUCUAAAUGAUCUUGGACAUGAAUUAAUGCAUAGCUGUGAUAUAACAGCAUCAUCUAUUUUAGAUAAUGAAUUGAAGAAUAUUAAUAAAAAUUGGACUGAAGUUACUACUGAAGUUAUUAAAUUUGUCGAUUUAGAUCAUGCUGAAGAAUUAAAAAAUCGUAAUUCUGAAGCUAUGCUUCGAUUGAAUGCAUUCAUCAAAUCAACUGAACUUUUAUUGGUCUCUGAUUUUGUUCUACCAGAGACUACUGAUUUAGAUCAAGCUCAUUCAGCUACAGCUAAUUAUCGUCAACAGUUAGAAGAAGCUCGUAAACAAUUACUUGAAAAAGCUCGAAGUGAUUAUUUGGAAGCUUUAAAAGCUGCUGAGGAACUAAUGUCAGCUGCUAAAGCUGGUCAAGCGGAUAUGGAACAAGCUGAAGCUGUUAUGGCAGCGGUUCGUGCUGCUGGUGAAAAAUUAGAUCGAUUAGCUAAUUAUUCUGUUCAAGCAAGAUUAGAUGAAGUUGAAGCAGCAACUAAGAAAGCUGUAGAAUUAGCUCUUCAACUAGCUCCAAUUAAUGAUUGGGCUCAAGAUAGUGAAGUUUCGACGGAAAUAUUAAAUUCUGGGUCAAUUGAAACUAAUCUCGAUUUAACUAAUUUAACAACAGAAGAAGCUAUGUCAAAGUUGAAGGGUCAUUUCACAGCCUUAGAAGAGCAUGAAAAAGCUUUACUUGAAGCUGAGAAACGAUUGAAUGAUUUAAAGGAAUCUGGUCUGCAACAUAUUGAUAUUAGUCAAUUGGAAUUAGCUACUGCGGAAGCUCGUCGUAAAGUUGAAGCUAUGCGUACUGUGGCUAAAUGUUAUGAAAAUGAGUUAGAUAGACGGAAAUCAGCUGAACAAUCAUUUUCAUAUGCUAUAGUAAAUAUAACUGAUUGGUUAGACGAAGCAGAACGUCUAUUUCAGACUGAUGUAUCAUUUGAUUUUGAAGAACAAUUGCCUAAUACAGAAGUUAUUCAAGAUAAAUUAAUUGCAAAUGAAGAAUUUUUAAGAAAAACACAAACAGCUGGUCAAGCUUGUUUAGUUGAAUUGAAUCGAAGUUAUGAUAGAUUAGUAGAAUUAUUCUCAGGUAAUGAAGAAGAUAUGGUUGAAAAUUCUGCUAAUCCAAUUAUUCAACCAGAUGAAGUUAGUAUGAAUAUAUUGUUGGAAGCAGCAAAUCAAGUGACUAAAUUCCGUGAUCGAUUUGAUGAGUUGAUGUCUAAAGCUACUCGACGUCAAUAUGAACUUAAAUAUGCUUUAUUAGAAGCUCGUCUACGUGAACAAUUAGAUAAUACUAAUAAAAUUUUAAAUGAUGAAGAAUUUCGAAUGACAUCUGGUGAACAUUUGGCUAGUAUAUUGUCUGAUCAUGAGUCUUCAUUUAAAAAUUCAGAAUUUUAUACUAUUUGUGAAAAUAUACUACGUGAAAUGCGUGAAUUAGAUGAACAAAUGUCUUGUUUAUUUCAAAAUGAUGCAAAUUAUUAUAGUAAACGUACAACACAGUUACUACAAGAAUAUAAUUUAUUAACUGAACGUGUUGGAAAAAUAGCUGUGAGAUUACGUAAUCUACCGGAACAAUGGGCUGAUUUUGAUGAUAAAUUAAAUCAUUUAUUAGAUUGGACAAAUGAAGUUGAAAAAUUAUUUAAUCAUUUACAAAGUGAUCCAUCUAAUACAAAGAAUAGUGAUGAAAAAACUGCCAUUGAAUUAGCUUCACGUUAUCGUGCUAUGUUGUCGAGAUUUGAAGAAAUGACUGGUAUGGUUAAUGAACAGAAUGCAUUAGCUGAUAAAUUAAAUUUAAUGUUAGUUGAUUUAUCAUUAGACGGUGGUGUAUCAGCUGGAGAGAUUGCAUCAAAACGAGCUGCAUUAACCGCUGCAUUAGGAGCGUUGAAAGAUUUAGGCAGUGAAAUGGAUUCUGUACUAACUCGAGCUCCAUUAAUAGCUGAGACACUGGAAUUUCGUGCCAAUGCAGUAACAGAACGUAAAAAAGCAAUUGUUGUUCGUGAAGCAUUUGAACAAGCUGUACAAGAAGAUGCAGAAAUGUUGCCAAAUGAUUUGGAAUCAAUUAAACGUAUAUUAGCUGAACGUGAAGCUAUGGUAGCUAGAUUAGCUGAAGAAAGAGAUGCUAGUUUAUUAGCUAUGAUUCAACGUGGAUUAAGUGUUAAAACUGAUGAAAUGUUAGAUUGGAUUGAACCAUCUAAAAAUGAAUUAAAAGCUACUUGGGCUGAAGUUGAUAAAGUUGCUGAAACUGGUUUAAAAUCUUUACGUCAAACUGCUGAAGCAUUUGAAGCAUUUGAAGAACACAAACAACGUAUUGCAAAUUUAUUAACUGGUACAAAACAUUUAAUUAAUGGUCAUGCAAGUGCAUCCACUACAGCCGCAUUUACUAUGGCAUUAAUUGGUAAAGAUGGUACGAUUGAUAUUGAUAAUGUUACUAAUGCAUUACAUAUUGAUGAUGAAACAAAAUUAUGGGCUAAUUCUUCAUUAGCAUCUGGUGUUGCUGGUGUUAUUGUAGCAAGUGUUGAAGAAGCAACUAAAGCUGGUCAAGAAGCUGUACGUGUUCAAACAGAUGCAAUUCUAGCACAAUUAGAUGCAUUAAACAAUGCAGAAUCAGAUUUAAAAGCAUUAAUAGCUGCUGCACAAACUAUGAAAAUGCGAUCAACUCCAGAACGUGCUUCAGAAUUAGAUGCAACAAUUCAAUAUUUAGAAAAUCAACUUAAUACAGCUAAACAAGAAUUAAAUACUAAAUUAGCUAAUUUACGUGCAGCUAAUGGUAAAUGGGAAGUAUUUUAUACAAGUACAAGUGAAGUUGACAAAUUACUUAAUAAUUCUGAAUUAAAUUUAUCCAAUAUAACUAGUGUACAACCAUUAGCUAAAGGUAAUUUAAAUGUUACUGAAUUAGGUUCUGCUGAAUCAUCAGCUAAAGCUGCUGCCGCUGAAUUAGCAUUAUGGUAUGCAUCAGUAAAUAAUUAUUUAAAAGAUUUACAAUUAUCUGAACAACGUUUAUUAUCUUUAAAUGUUAUUUUUAAAGAAUUAACACAUUAUUCACCAUUAGAUACUACUGAAAUAAAUGAUAAUAAUAAUAAUUCAUCGGAAUCAUUAGUAAUUAGUUCAGAAAUAUCUAAAGCACAAAAUAAAAUUCUUAGUUUAUAUCGAAGACAAAAAGCAUUACAAAUUGCAUUUAAUCAACAUUCACAAUCAUUGAAUACAUUAAAAGAUUAUUUAUCACAAUAUCUUAAUCUUGUGCCAAAUAUUGAUAAAUAUUUAACAGAAAUAGAUAAUAUUGCCAAAACAUUAUCAUCAUCAUCAUCAUUUAUUAAUUCAUUGGAUGAUUUAAUUAAUUUACGUAAUGCACAUCAGGCACGUCAAAUUGUACAUAAAUCAAAAUAUACAGAAGAUCGUAAUCAACUACUAUGGUUGGCUAGUAAUUUAACUAGUUGGUCACAUUUAAAAGAAGCUAAUGAAGCGUUACAAUCGCGUUGGGAAAGUGUUAACUAUUGGUUAAUUGAGGAAUCUCAAUAUUUAGAUGAUUUAUUUAAUAUGUGGACAGAAUGGAAUAAAGAAGCUGAUCAGUUUACAUCACAAAUAACUAAUAUAGAAAAAGAUGUAGAACAAGAAUUAAACAAUAUAAUCAAUGAUAUAACUAAUCAAAACUCUAAAGAUUCAUCUACUGAUCCAAUUAAUAAUAAUAAUACCAGUGACUUAGAUUCUAAAGUGAAUAAAGCUAGUGCAUAUCAAGAUCGUCUGUUUGAUGCUGAGUCUUAUUUGAAAGCGUUCAGUUUUAAAACAGAAAAAUUGUUAAAACGAAUUUUAGCACAAACUCAAAUACAAUGUCGAACCUUAUUACCAGUGGAUACGGCAAAAAUAACGAAAUCUACUGAUCAAUUGUCAUCAUCAUUAACAGUAUCCACAUUCAAUGACACUAAUAAUAGUACACAAUUCACUAAUAUUGCUAUCAGUCCACAUAGUAUAGCAAUUAAAUAUCGAGAAUUAGAGGAACAUUUAAAAUGUGUACGAAUACAAUGUGAAAAAUUAAAUAAUGAAUUAGAAAAUCAAUUAGAUGCACGUGAUCGUUUAUUUCGUGAUACAGAUAGACUAUUACAAUGGAUUAUGUCUGCAGAGAAACGUAUGACAAAGCUUACACGAAUUUGGGUAGCAGCAAGGCCACCAAUUACAACGAAUAAAUCCUAUGGCGUAUUACAUAAACCAUCUUCAAUUAUGAAACAACGAAAUGAUCAAAUUGAUUCUGAUAAACAACAAUUAAUUGGUGUUGACUUAUCAGAAGCAUAUGAACAAUUAAAAACUUUGCAAAUUGAAGCUACUGGUCCACGAAUGAUUGCUUUAAAAGAAUUAGCUAAUCAAAUUGAAGGUGAAGACGUGGAUUUAAAUGAUUUAUACAAUAAAAUGGGUAGUCGUCCAGGGAGUAAUAGACCUGGAAGUAAUCAUAGUAGACCUACUAGUGAUCGGUCACGUAGUCGACGUUCUGUUUCAUUUGAUUUAUUAGGUAAGGAAAAUAGUUUUGAUUCAACUACAAAUGAUGAAAUUAAUCGUCAGUUACAUGAACGUUUAAUUCGACUUUUAAGUAAAUUAAAUCGUCUUAUCAGUCAUCUUAAUCAACGUACAAUACUUUGUCGUUUAACUAUUGAAUAUGAAUAUUGUCGUCAAAAUUGGAUACAAGAGAUUAAUUCAUUGAAUUCACGUUUAAAAACAUUUGAAAAUAAUUCAGUUGUUGUAGAAUUAAAUGUAGAUAAGAAGAAAAAACAUUCAUCGAAUAAAUCUAUUGAAGAUGAUAGAAAACCAUCUGUUCAAGAAAAUGAAGACUCUGUAGAACAACAACAUAAUGAAGAAGAAAUCAAUAAGGAUGAAGUCAGUAUAGGAGAAAAUGUCACAGAAUCUACAAAUUUAACUCACCAUGACGAUAAUUCUAUUCAGACUACCACUAUUACUACUACUACUGACACUAGUAGUAAACAGCCAAUUACUUCAAUUGAUCUAUUUCAAUCUGCCGCAGAUGAUGCUGAACGUAUAUUAUUUCGCAAACAAACAAUACAAUCUGGUAUUGUCUAUCAAUCAGAAUAUAAAAAUUUAAAAGAUGAAAUUGAUAAAUUAAAACAAUUAAUCAAUAAUUGGCAAGUUACAUUAGAUUUUACACGAUCAAAUAUCAUUGAAAAUGAAUUCGAUGAAACACCGAAUGAUUCGAAUUUAAUUGGACCAAAAGAACUUGAUGUGGCUGUUGUUUCAGUUGGUCUUAUGUUUGUCACUAAUAUUGAUUUGAAUUGGUCAUUUAGUACUGGAUUCAGUACUACUACUUCAAUGACAACCACAACGAGUGCUUUAACCACUAGCACCACUACCACCACCACGACAACUACUUCAGGUGGUACCAUAAUCACUUCUGAUCAGUCGACAAUACUACAGUUAGAACCAUUUAGUUUUUUUAUAGAUAUUGCUAGAUUAUCUUCUGAAUGUGAUAAAUUACAUGGAAAAUUAAAAGCUAAUUUAUUACAUGUGAUUGGUGUAUGUGAAAAUUGGCAACAAUUAGUUGAAGCACGUGAUAGAUUAUUAGAACAAGUUAAAGAUUUACAAUAUCGUUCAUCAGGAGCUUGUUAUACAGUUAGUCAAUUAGGUGAUCCAUCAAAAACCGAUAAACCUAUUGGUAUACGUUUGACACGUUUAGGUCAACAGUUAUUAAAUUGGCAAGUUGAAUUAAAUUCGGCUGGCACUACUACAGAUGAUGUGAAUGCAUUACAAACUGAUGUUAGUAAUAAUAAUAAUGAUAAUAAUAAUACUGAUAAAACUAAUUUACCAAGUGAAGCUGCCACUAUAGUUCAAAGAUUAAGUGAUCUUCGACGGGCAGGUGAACGAAUUGUUGGAUUAAAUCCAGCCCGUGGUCCGAAUGUUGAUAGUUUAUACAAUACAGCUGUACAAACAGUACGUUUGUGUGCAAUUUCUCUAGGUGAAAUUGGUCGACAUAGUAUACUAUUAUUUCAAGCAUUAUCAAAACGUUCAGAAUGUUUGCAUCAAUUGACAGAAUUUCUUGAUGAAAUUGAAAAACAAAGUGGUCUUAUUCCAGCUAGUGAACAUCAGUCAGUUUUCGGUAAUACAAAUUCAACUGAACAAAGUCAAACGAUUACAGAUGAUCAACAAAUUAAUAUUUCUGAUAAAAAUGUUAAACGACCAAUACCUGAACAAAUUGCAUCACAAUUCACAAUGUUUGAAUGUAUGGAUCUAUGUAGAUUGUUAAGUGUGGAUAAUGUCAAAGAGGUAGAACAACAACUGACACCAUGUCAAAUUGCAUUAGAUUCAUUAAUGAAUAAACAAAAUACAUAUUUUAUACAAUUAAAUCAAUCAUCUUCAUUAGCAUUACAGACAUUUAAUGAAUUUCAAACAGAAAUAUGUAGAUAUAAUAAUAAUAAUAAAAUUGAGGAUAUGGAUGAAGAACAUAAACUAUCCGAGAAACAAAUAAAAUUAGAUCCAUUUCGUGAUGCAAUAAUUAAUCGUUGGCAACGAUUACAUUUUCGUUUAGAAACUAUCAUACAACAAUUAUAUAUUCGACGUAGUGCAUUUAUAUAUUUAGAAGAUGGUUUUAAACAAUUAGAAUAUUGGAUUGAAACAAAUGAAUUAAAAAUAGAAACAUGUAGUUCACAAUUGGCAGCGAAUGCAGCGACUUCUGCUAUCCUAUCGCCAUUUAAUCUUCAUUCAAUAUUGCCAACUGAUGAACAAUUAAAGUAUACUGAAAAUCCUCAAUUAAUUCUUGAUACAUUUAAUACAGAAGUUGUUUACUACUCAAAUUUAUUAAACAGUAUAAAUGAUCGUAUCGAAGCUGAUUUAGGAGAUCGUGUAUUAUUGAGAAAAACAUUUGAUAAUUUAGAAUGGCGUUUACAUAAAUUACAAAAAUCUUCAAAUCAUUUAUUACAACAAUGGAAUGAAGAAUAUGAAAGAUGUGAACAGUUAAAAGUUGAUCUACAUCAAUUUAAUGCCCUUCUAGAAUCAAUUAGUAAAGAGUUAACAUAUUGUUUUGAUCCUGCUAUUUGUAAUGCUGAAGAGGAUCCAAAUAGUGUUACGAUGGUACAAUAUAGCCUCACUGAUAUACAAAGUAUUAAUAUACAAGCAAAUAAUUAUUUAUUACAAUUAUGCAAAGCACAGUGCAUUCGUCAUAAUCUUGCACGAUUACGUGAUCGUUCAUUAUGGUUACAUGAUAGAGCUCAUUUAUUGGCCAUUGGACCAAGUCGUUAUCAUCAUCGUUCUAUUCAACCAUUAAAAAUAACUCAACAAGAAGCGAAUUUAUCCACCAAUAAUGAGAAUACAUCUACUGAACUAUUUACUGCAUCUGUUCUAUUAGAAAGUGAAUCAGUCUCUUUAAAUCAUCGUUUAUUAGGUUUAGUUGCAAGAUCUACAAAAUCUGUGCAUAUUUUACAUUCAAAAAUUAGUCAUAUCUUUUUUGAUGCUAUACAAAAUUUUCAUAAUUGGUUUGAUGAUUUACAUUCAAGAGUAAAUGAAAUUCAUUCAGCUACACUUCCAAUGCAUAUUAUAACAAAACCAAAUGAUUCAAAGCAACUAUUGACUGAUACAAAUCAAUCAGUGGGAAUUUUAUCCGUAGAUGUGUUGUCAUCUAAUUUGAAUACAAUUCGUGCAACUGUAGAAGAUUUAUCUAAGAAAGUUCAAUGUGAAUCUAAACUUGACAUUUUAAAAGAAUUAGCUAAAAUAAUGCUACGUUCAAACUAUAUAGACAUCGAGCCUAGUUUAUCUGAUCAUAUAAAAGAUGAUGAGGUUGACGAUGCGGACGCUCAAGUGAAGAAUGAAAAACAACCAUCAGUUGAUGGUUUGCAGACAUCACUGCCAACAGCUGAAUCUCUUUUACAGUCCGUUGAAGAUAAAGUCGAACAAUUCACUAAAGUAGUAGAAACAACUGACAAUAAUCCACCUUCAUCAUUAUCAAUAUCAUUAUUAUUAACAAAACUCAACUCCUCUGAUGCUUCUUCCAUCUUUAUGGAAUCUGAUAAUUCAAUAAGUCAAUUGCUUCGAUUAUGGGACAGUCAAUUAACCAAUAUGUAUAGUGAAUUGAAACAGAUCGAGUUGAAGCUUGAUGCGGCACAAAAAGUUGCUAUACAGUCUAAAGAAUAUGAAAUUAAAUUAUCCGAAAAUGUGAUUAUUUAUGAAGAACGAUUUAAGCAAAUUAUUUUAUGGCAACAAUCCAUUACUAUUGAAUCGUGUAAAAUUCGUCUUAAUAAAUUACAAGAUUUACUUGUCCAAUUAAACGGGAAUAGUACUGAAUUAAAACAAGCUCAUGAAGCAUUUAAUCAAUUAGUUAAAUUAUGUAAUCUAUCAUUGUUUCAUGAGUUCAAUAAUCAAUCAACCGAUUCCAUUAAUCAAAACGAUAGUCCUGAGAAAUUAAAUGAAAGAUUUAUUUAUAAAUCUACUGUACUAACGGAAAUUGAGUCUAGAUUAAAUGUUUUACAGUUAUGUUUGGAAAAGGCUAUUAAUCAUACUAUUGAGGUGACUUCUGCCUUAGAAACUCAACAACGUACAUGCAAUGAUGCGAACAAUUGGAUUGAAGAUGUUACAAGUCAACUUCAUCAGAUUAUCACAGAAAGACAAGAAACACCAACUAAUCGUGAUACUGCUCAAAAAUAUCUUGAUUUAAUACAUAACCUCAAUGAAAUAUCUGACGAUGGACGUGCAAAAAUACAACUAGCUCAAAAUACCAUUGAAAUUGCAUGUAAUUUGAUUUUAACAUCGGAAUCAUUCUACAAUAAAAUUAAAAAUAAUUAUAGUUUGCCACCUAAGAUGGAACAAUCAAUCAAUAAUGAUCAAACCAAAUUAGAUGAAUCAAAAUCAAUAGAAUCAUUUACAGAGAAUGUAUUAUCAUUUCAUUCUACAUUUAUAUCAGAAUUCAAUGACCAAUUAUUAAAUUUCUCAUCUAUGUUAAAUAAUCGUUUCAAUGUUUAUUUAAAUGAAAUUGGGACCGUUUUAAAUGAAAUACAACUUGACUUAAAUCAAUGGACGUCUUAUGUUGAUUCAAAAUUACGUUUAGAAAAAUGGUUGAACAUGGUGGAAUUUGAUUGGAAAGUGAAUCAAUUAACUGAUUCAGAUGAAGUCGGAGAUAAUUUGACGAGUAAAAUGUACUUUGUUACAUUAUACAAACAACGAUUACAGGAUAUUGAUUCCCAUGAAAGUCUUCUUAACACUGUAAUUAGUUGUGGAAAUCAGUUCAGUCGAAGAAAUUCAGAUAAUAUGAUUAGUACUACUGCUACUACUACUAAUAAUAAUGAUCAAGUAGUUCUUCCUACUGAAGAAAUUCAAAAUUUUCGAAAACGUUUUGAAUCACUUCAGAAUUUCGUAAAUACACGUUUAAAAUUACACCAAAAUCGUUUAGAAAGAUAUAAAAAAUUUAUGGAACAUAAUCAGAAAUUUGAAGAAUGGCUUUCUAAUACAGAGACAAAACUUACUUAUAUGAUAGAAGAUAUCGUUGCAAGAAUUGAACAUUUAAUUCCAGAAAGUGAAUCCUAUUCUAUUACAUCAAAUAAUGAAUACAAUUCGGAUGUAUCAAUAGGGACUCAAUUUAUUAAUAAAGAUAAUAAUCUAUCAAUAUACAUUGAAAAGAUUGAUAAAUUAUGGUUAUCUAUCAUGAAUAAUGCUGAAAGUCAAUUAGACACAUUAAAUUCAUUAUUUCUAUCAAUUGAAAAAGAAGUAGAACAUCCAGAGAACUUCCAAAUAAAGAUUACUAACUUUAAAAAUCAUAUAUUUCUUAAUUUAAAACAAAAAAUUAAUGAUCUUGUCAAAAAUUUAAAAGAAUAUCAACAUUACAAUGAAGAAUUUUUAAAUCAACUGUCAAGGUCACAAACUUAUAUGAAUAAUCAAGAAAAAAGAAUUAUUCAAUUUUCAACACGACAAUUAUGUAAUUCUAUGCCAGAUUCAAUAAUGAUGUUAAUUGGUAGUGAUGGUAUAGUGAAUUUACCUGAUAAUUUAGAUGGUAAAUUAUUUUAUGUUCAAACAUUAAAACAAAUUUCAAAUGAUUUAAAUCAUUCAGAAUGUUCUAAUUCCAUUCAAUUGUUACAUGAUUCCCGGGAACAAUUAAUUUCAAUAUUGAAUAGAAUUAAACAAACAAGUUUAUCUCAACAAAAUAUUCUUAUAAUAAAUAAUGAUUAUUUAGAUAAACAUUUAAAUUAUAUAAAUAAUCAUUUGAAAAGAUUAAAGAAAUAUUGUGAAGAUUUAACACAAUGUUGGCAAUUAGCAGUAGAUAAUCAUUUGAAAUUUCAAGAAACGUUUCAAUCAUGUUCAAUGGAAUUUCAAAUGAUCAAAUCAGAGUUUAUUGAAGGUUGUCCAUUUAAUGAUGAAAUGGAAUUAACUAAUACAUUAAAUAAUAAUGAUAAUAAUAAUCAUGAAAUAUCUUCGAAAACAAAAUGGAAUAGAACUGAUCAAAUUUAUCAUCAUUUCUUAGGAUGGUUAUCAAAUUUAAUGAAUAAACUUGAUCGAUUCACUGUAAUAUCUUAUCAAUCUUGUAUAGAAUUAUUACAACUUACUUCAUUAACAACUAGUUUAAAAGGAUAUAAUUUAAUGAAUGAACAAUUAAUUGAAUUAAAAAAAUCAGCUGAUCAAUUAUCAACUGAUCUUGUUGAAUUAUAUCAUCGAAUUGAAUUAACAAUGAUUGAACAUUUAAAAAUGGAUCAAGAGAAAUAUGAAUUAAAAAAUUGGUUAAAUGAACAUGAAGAAAAAUUAAUUGAAUUAAAUAAACCAUUAGAAGUGGUUUUAUCAUUUGAUAAUAUCAUUUCAUCAUCAUCAACAUCAUCGGAAUCUUUGAGAUCAUCUUUAUUUUCAUUAAAUGCAAUUUUAUCAUCAUGGUCUAUGUUAAUGAAUGAAAGACAAUCAAUUUUACAAAGUUUCCGACGAGUAUUCCAGAAUCUAUCUUCACGCAGUCAACACUUAAGAUCAUUUGAAGAACGUCAAUCUUUAGUUAUUUCAAAUUAUACAACUUACAUAGUCGAUCGUGUAAAUAAAUCAGUCAUUUCUGAUGACAUCAAACAAAUUAUUUCUAAUGUAUCAAAUAUUGAAUUGAACACAGAUUAUAGCAAUUUGAUAAAUUAUAACAAAGAGUUGAUAAGUAAAACUGAAAAAAUCAUUAAUCAAGACACUGGAUUUAAUUAUCUAGCUCAGUCAUUAUUAUCUGAGAUCAAUACACUCUCAGAUAAUCUUCGUAUUCUGGAAGAAGAUUUUUGCGACAUGAAAUCUCAUAUUGUGAUGGAUAAUAAUAAUAAAUCAGUGGUCAAUUCACAAGAGUUGGUAUGGACACGUGAUCUAGUCCAGUAUAAAAUCAAUGAAUUAAAUCAACAAACACGAGAUGUUUCCUUAAAGAAUAUCCACGAAAAAUUGAACAUACUCGAAGAGAUGUUCAAUAGUUUAAUUAGUUUAAAUAAUCCAGAGAAAAAUUUGGCAAGUGAAUUAAUUAUUUCAAUGAAAAAUCAAUUGAGUAAAUUAACCGAAAGAAUUGAUCAACAGUCAGCUUUAUUAUCUUUGAUACUUAAUCAAAUGAAAGAUAUGUCUGAAAAGAUCGUUCAACAUAAAGAAUGGUUUUCUCACUUGCUGAUUAAAGUAGAAUCAAUUGAAACGGAGUUACCUGUUGACUUAGAGUCUAAAAAGACAUUAUUAGUACAAUAUCAGGAUAUUCUAACUGAAACUACGGAACACAUUUCAGAAAUAAAUGUCAUCUUAAAAGAUUGUUGCUGUAACACUGCUACAUCAUUUGUUUCUGAGAAAUCAGAAAAAAUUACUGAAGAGUCAACAGAUCUCAAUUUGAAUCCAUUAUCACAUCCAGUUAAAAUGUAUCCUGUUGAUGUUCAAUUAGUCAAAAGUUUAAAAUCACUUCAUUAUGAUAUGAAUCAAGCAUUGGAAAGAGUAAAUUUAAAUGUAACUCGAUGGAAGCGUGCUAUAACUCGGCAUGAGAAUUUAAUUGAAUCUUUGAAAAAUCUUGAGAUAAUUUUAACAAGAUGUAUUGCUAAUACUUUCUAUUGUGCUAAGUAUAUGUUGAAUUUAGAGAUGGACAUGAAUGAUGAGACUACACUGCUUAGAUUUCCUGUAAGUAGUGUACUUUCUAAAUGCGUAAAUAUUAUACAAACACAUGUCAGUACAGAUUUAGAUGAAGUCAACAGAUUAUUGGAUGAGAUCAACUUGACUUAUGAUAGUGUCGUACAAGAUACAUGUCCAGAAAACAUGAAUAUCAUCAAAUUACAAAUUAGGAAAGAUCAAAAUCAGUUUACAAAUUUAGAACAUAAAAUACACACAUUACAAGCUUAUUUAACUAAUCUCAAUGAUCGUAUUGAGUUAUUCACAUCCAUUGAUAAUAAUUUGAAUGAACGAAUCUACAGUCUUUCUAAUCGUCUUAAAUCUGAAAGUAUGAAUUUAUGUUCAACUCAAAUUCAAGAAAUUAAAAGAUAUCUUAAUAUUUGGCGUGGAAUUAUUGAGAAAUUCAAACAAAUCCAUCAAGAUUAUAUAAAUGAAUUCAAGCCUUUAAUCAAAGAAUUUCAACACUUGAAAGUUGAGCAUUUACAGUUUUUAGAAUUGUAUCAGAAAAAUUUCUCAUUUGAAUCUAAAUCAGUUACAAAUGAGGAUCAUUGUUUGCUGGAACAAUUACCUACCAUUGAAUCAAUCACGAUUCAAUCUAUUUUUGAAGAACGAAAUAAUAAACUGCUAGAGAUUAUUGAAUUUAUUAAUGCGGUCAUUAAAUCAAUCGAUGUCAUCAGUUCCACCUGGUCUCAAUCUGAACGAAAAUUCAUUCAUUGUCGCUCUUGGAUUAAUGGACUAUCAAAAAAAUUCAUGCAAAUUUCUCAAACCAACUUGAAAACUGAUAUUACUACUACACCUAACACUUCAGAUGUAGGGGAAGCAGUAGUAACUGAACCCAGUAACCAGUCGUCACCAGUAUCGCCUUCUGGUCAUAUUUUAAAUCAGUUAGAUCAAUACACAGCUCAAACUUGUUUAUCACUUCUAAAAGAAUUUCAAACUGAACUGAAUCAAAAUAAUCUAUAUUUUGAUGAAUAUCGCAAUGCAUUGUACAAUGUUCAAUCGUUAGAUUCAACGAUCGACUCUUUGUUUAAUAUAUUCAAACAAUUUGAUGUUGACAUUAAUGAUGAUUUAAAAUCGAAUCAUUCUAAUUUAAUACAAAAAUUAAGCGAAGAACUUGAACAGUUUCAAAUGAGUUGGGAACAAUUACAAACUGAAGUGAAUACUACACACCAAACGAUGUAUCAACAUUUAAAACAAAUGGAACUAUUUAAUUGUAAACAAUUAUCUCUACGUAAAUUACUCACAGAAAUUGAACAAAAAGCUUGUCUAGGACCUUGUUCAACUACUAGUGUGGUGGAUUUUAAUGAAUUGGAAAAGGAUACAAUGAAUUGUUUAAGUGAACAAUAUGUUGAUGAAGUUGAUAGUAAUAAUAAUAAUCAAGGUGAAAAUAGUUAUGUUGUCAUCUUUGACAAACUUAUGAUUGCUCAACAAAGUAUUGUGGAUUGGUGGGAGGCUUUCAUUCAACAAAUUGAAGAAGAAAUUCCUCGAAUCAAAGAUGAAUUGAAAACGAUUAACAGUAUUAUCUUUCCCACCCCCACUGGAUUACUGAAUCAAUUGUUACAUGUGGAAGAGAUCUUAGCCAAAGCUCAUGAAAUCCUAAACAUAAACAAAGAAGGUUUAACUGGUUUAAACGAUAUGAUUGAAGCUUGGAAGAAUUGGCAACAUUGGUGGUUUGUUGACAGUGAAGCAAAUACUAUUCAUGAUGAUCAUGUGAUUUUAUCGAUUCAAUGGAAUGAAUCAAUAUUUAUUGAUUUUUUAAAUCAAUUUUCAAUCAAUGUUAAAUUAUUAAUGAAAUUAAUUCAAUCAAAUAGCGAAAAACUCUACUCUCUGGAAAAAUUAGCCUGUACGCUUGAAGUUCCAAUAACACAGAGAAGAAAACAAAUGACAACAUCGACGGAGACAACAACAGUGGUAACACAUGAUGACGGUCGUAGUGGUCGUAGAUUAAUUGAAUUAGACAAUAUCACAUCUCGUUAUUCAGAAUUAGUUAAACGUGCUCAAGUGGUUGUUAAACAAACAGAUUCUUGUAGAGACUUAUUUAAUAAAUUAAUGUCUAAUAUUAGUUCAACUAGUGAAUGGAUCAAGCAAUUGGAACAGAACAUUUCAAAUUAUGCCAAUCUCUCUGGAGAUAGACAUGUUUUACAAACUAGACUUGAAUUAGUGAAAAAAAGACUUGAUUUAAACUUAUUGGACAAAGAAGCUAACGAUCGUUUCACUGAUAUGAAUAAAUAUGCUAUGAAUUGUUUUCAACAAUAUAUACCUAAUAAUCGUGAGAGUUUGGAAUUAAUUGAAAUUACUGACGGUGACAAAUCUCAGCAACUUUACGAGAGCUUUUUAACCAUACCUAUGUACUGUGUUAAACUGUAUAAAAUGUGGUUUGAUUGUCGUGAAAGAAUUGAAUUUAUCACUAAAUCUUUGUCAGAUUCUAUAGAGACAUGGCAGGUAUUUGAAGUAACAUGUGAUACUUUACAAUUUACUUGUCGUCGUAUUGAAAAUUGGUUGAAAGAACAGUCUACUUGGCUUGUGGAUGAACCGGAACAAAUUAACGAGAAAUUGGAAUUACUACAACUUAUUAAUGAUAGGUUGGAGGUGAAAUUCAGCAUAGAUGCUCCCAAAUACUGUGAUUUAUCUAGUAAGAGUCUGUCAAGUUGUCGACAUGAACAACAACGAAUUUUAGAAUUGCUGGAUGAGUCAGCAUCACAAGUUGAUCUUUUAAAUUCUACUCUCAAACGUCUACCUAAUCACCAUCAUCAGCUGUGCUCUGAAGAAUCAGCAACUCUGGAUGAGAACAAUUUGGAUAAUGUGCAUACAAUAACAACAACAGUAGAAAUGAAAACUGACUCGUAUGAUUUAGCUUUGAAUUGCAUAAAAAAUCUCAUGGUCACAUUUAAUUAUUUACAGAAAAUAACCAGAGAAAUGUCAGAUCUUUGGAAUACUCGUUUAAAACUUUUCACAGAAUGGAAUUCCAAAAUACAGAAUGCAGAAACUAAUUUGUCGAAGUUAUGUUUGCGUAUGGAAAAAAUAAAAGAACAAUUUAGUUUUUUUAGUGAAGAGUUAGAAAAGUCAACAAUAAUUUCCGACGAAAAUGAUAACAACGGAUCUUUUAAAACUAUUGAAGACAAUUUGAUGUUAGUAGAUGAUAUUAUGAAGGGGCGUGAAGUGAUUGGUGCUGAGUUUACUGAGUUACGCAGUCGUCUAUGUAAUUUAUCUACUUUCAUGAAUCAUAAUGGUCAUAAUAAUCGACAACAAAGAAUGGGAGAUCUACAGCGUAAUUGGGAAGAGUUAGGUAAUAAUCUAUUGAAUUUACAACGAACUCUUGAACACAAAACUACAAUUUGGACUGACUUAAUCUUACAAGUGACAAAUAUAUUCAAUUGGUUUAAUGAAUUUAGUGGGCGUAUGAAAGUAUGGCAUGAAUCUUGUCCAUGGCUGUCAAUGAAUACACCUACUGAACUUUCCGAUAUUUUAUCACCAAAUACUUCCAAAGAUUCUUCAAAGACUUCAAUAAUUUUAAAUGAACUCAAACGUCAUUCAAAAGAUACUAGUAAAUUCCUUACACAAUGUCAGUCUAAUUUGAAUUUAGCUCGCGCACAACAUUCGAAAUUGUUAUACUUCCAAUCAGAAUUAAAUAGUUCUCAGCGUCAGUGUACCGAAAUUCAAUCUGAUGCCUACAAUCAAUUGUGCAGCAUGAUGAAUGAAUCUAUUGAAACAAGUAAUCAAAUAGAAAAUCAUCUAGACACCACAAUAUCGAUUGGUAACAAGUUCAAAACGAAAUUAAAUCAAUUUACCAAGAACUAUGAAACCUGUUUGUCUUGUAUCAAUCAUAUCAAGACAGAAUUCGAUCAAUCCAUAAGUUCCAUACCAAAAUGUGAUGUAUUGAUGAAGUCUGAGGAAGAAAAUCAAGACGUCCAAUCGUUAAUUAAAUUACGCUGUCUUAUUUUAAAUAAUCUAGUUGAGCAAAUCGGUGAUGCUAAACAAUUAAAUGAUUUAUUAAUUGAUACAUUGAAUGAAAAGGUAGAAGACGUGAGUGGCCAAGUUGCAGAAAAAAAUCGAAAUCCAGAUCAAUAUGAUCAAAAUAAAGAUGGACAAAAUCUUAUUCAGAAUUUAGAAGAACUUUUAAAAGAAGCCAUUGAUCUUGAUUCUUUUUAUCAUUUAUAUGAUAUUAAUAAAUCAUCAUCGAAUGAUGUACAACAUUAUGCCUAUUGUAUUGCAAGAUAUUUAAUUUAUGAAUCAAUACAAUUACGAGAAAUGGUAUCACAUAAAUUAAUUACAAUUACCAAUGAAACAGAAGAACAAUUAAAGCUAGAUUCUAUGUUAAAUUAUUUUGAACAACAGUUGACGAAAUUUCAAGAUGAAAUGAACCAAAUUGUAGUUAAUUUAUCGGCUUACCGCUCAAAAUCAUUUGAUGAUAACGGUGAUACCAUUAUCACAUCAUUGAAAUCUUCAAGUUUAAAUGUUGACAAUUCUACUGCUUUGUAUUGGUUUCAUUUGAGACAAUCAGUAGAUAAUUGUGAAAAUCGAAUAAAUCAAUUGGAUAAUUGUUUACAAUGCAUGAUUGAUAUAGGUAAAGAUCACCUAUUGAAAAUUGAACAAGAUUUAAACAACUAUUAUCAUCGAACCGGAAAGUUGGAUUUAAAAUUUUCGCAUCGUUUUAAUGAACUGAAAUCAAAAUAUGAAAUUAAUCUUAAUAAAAUGAGAAAAUUGAAAAAUCAAUUCAGUAAAGAAUUGGAAUCUUGGCAACAGUUUAUAACAAAUUUAGAAAAAGCUGAAAAUUGGUUAACUAUAAAUGAAUCACUUAGUAAAAAAGUACUUUAUGUCGUGACAACAGAUGAUAACAAACAACCAGGUGGGGUCCAUCAAACAAUUAUCGAGACUAUUCAUACUAGUUGUAUCAAUCCAAAUAUGUCCGAAAAAGAGAUUAAAGCAGCCAAUGAUAAAGAGGUACUUUCGAAACAAUUGACAAAUUUAGAAGAAUUAGAAAUCGAUUUAAAAGAGCAUGGAAUUGAAUUGCGAGAACAAACUGAACAAUCAGCACGUUGUUUAUUAUUUAAUCUUAUUCCUAAUUCUGUGAAUUUAAUUAAAGAUAAACAGUGCAGAUUGAAUAGAAAAUCUGAAAUUAUUGAUUAUAUUAAUUUGGCUAUUGAAAAUCUACUUAAUCGUUAUAAUGAAUAUAAAAUCAGUUUACAGAUGAUACAUUCUAAUCUUAGUGAGAAAUAUUUAUGCUGGUCCAAAUUAGAUAGUAAUUUGGAACAAGUGAAUCGUUGGCUACAUACAAUUGAAUUACAAUUAAACACUAUGGAAAUGGAAACAAACUCAUUGUCUACCAUAUUGAUUAAUGAUAUAUCAGUGCAUAAAACAGAUGAAUAUUUUGCAGUACAUCAAUUAAAUGCAUGGUCUAAUUCAAAGUUAUGCAUUUUAACAAAUUUAAUGGAUGAAAUGCGUAGAUAUAGCGAAACAGAAUUAAUUCAAUUGAAAGAACUUGUACAUGCCCAAAACUCUAUUGAUGAAGUGUUUAAAGAAUAUUCCAAGGAUGGUACUACUUCAGAUGAUGUAGUCAUUUCAUUAGGACAAGAUGCUUCUAAACGAUUGAAUGAUAUAUUGGAACAACAUCAUAAUUUAAAAAGUCGUUUAGAAUCUUUAAUUCAUUUGAAUCAUGUUAUUCUUAAUUUGUGCGAAAAAUUUGUUCGUAAACGAUGUGAAAUAUUCCAAUGGCUAAUUAGUCAACGUCGUGAACUAGAGGGUUUAAUAAAUCAAACUGAGACAUAUGGCUCACAAACUAGUCUUCUUUCAUCAUCUCAUGUUUCAUUAAACGAUGAAGUUACCAAAUUAAGCAAAUUAUUUCACAAAACAACAUGUGAUUUAGAAGCGUUUAAGACAUCUGUUUCAAUAAAGUAUGAAGAACGUCUAACUGAUGUUAUUAAACUUAUCGAAGAAUUGGGUCAAAUGACUCCAUUAAGAAUGGAACCAGCUGAAACUUACAUUAUUGAUAUAAAAAGAGAUGUUACAGAAUUUUUCAAUCAAGUUACCGAUAAACUAGAACAUUUUCGUGUUUGGAAUGAUAAAUGGUCAAACUUUUCAACUGAUUGUAGCUCUUUAACUCAAUGGAUUGGUGAACAAGAAUCAUUUAUCAUCUCAACAUUGAACUCUCAGUCUACCAUUGAAUUGGAAGAUUCUUCCUUCCAAAUCACUAGUUCCGACGUAGUUGAAAAAGAAUUGAAUCAACUAGCCAGUCAAGUUGAUCGUAACCGCCAACUCAGAAUCAUUUUGAUUGGGCAUCAACCGGCGAUGGAAUCAUUGGUUGUAAAAGCUCAAAGUUUAAUCAAGUCCAGAAUGUUUUCAAGUAGUGCAUAUGUGAGCGAUGUUAGUAAAUCAAAAGCGUCUGAUAUAUCUGACAAGUCAUUGUUCGCGAGUAAUAUGCCUGUCGGUAAUAUAGCAAUGAAUAUGGCCACCUAUAUAAUGCAAAGAUAUCAAACGUUGAUUAGUAUAUGUGAUAGUCGAUCUGAAACAUCUCAAACUGCACAAAAGAUGGUUGAAGAAUUAUUAAAUUCAUGCCGAAAUUAUGAUCAUUGGGCUUGUGAAUUUCGAAUCAAAUUGUCUGAUGUAGAUUUUAUGCUGAAUUCAUAUGAUUCUCAUUCCAUCCCCUUACAAGAAUCAGAUAGAUAUUCAUCAAUUCGGUUAUCUAUAGUUGAUCUAGAAACUAGAAUUGAAUCAGGUGAGAGUUUUGUUCAACUUAUUAAAGAUUGGACAGAUCAUUAUAUGACAGAAUUAUUAGUUCAGGUUAACCAGCGACGUUCAGAACUCGAAACUCUAAGCCGUUUAGCUAAGAUAAGCAAUGAAAAUUCCGAUCAUGACAAUGAGUUAUUGCAUUGUGAUUGCAAACUGAAGAGUGUUACAAGUUAUGCUGAGACGGAUUACCAAGUACUUAAGGAGAUGGUUCGAUCAUUACGCAAUCGGUUUGAAAAAAUCAUCCAAAAUGUUAAUCAACGAAGUUUAUCACGAGACAAAUUCACCGCAUGGAUUGAUACUACCGAAAGUCAAUUGGAUUUGAUUAAUACCCAUAUGAAUCUGUCUGGUUUGUCCAAGAUCAUUUUGGAAGCACCCAUGGAUGAUUUUGACAGAUUGAUAGAAAAGGUUAUAAAUUAUAUGCUUACCGCUUCAGAGUCAAUCACUCAGUUAACUGUAGACAUUAGAAAACAAGGUGCAGAGAUUAAGAAUUCAGACUAUACCGAUGAAAAUUUACGAAAUCGUUUUGAUCAAUUGACUGAAAAUAUUCACUCAACUCAUCAAGAUAUUUCAAGUUGUUUAAAAUUGUUCCAUCAGUUUCAAAAUGAAGUACAAAACUUCUCCAGUUGGAUAUCAGAUUGCGAAAAUAAAUUUAUUCGUCUAUCCGAUGGUGAUUCGAAUCAACUGGCGAUGUUCCUUCAGUCAACUAGUUCAAUAAUGAUCACGAAUGAUAGUGAUAAUGAUACUGAACAAAUCAUGCAUCAACUAGAUAUUUCUUGUCGAAGUUCAAUAUGUCAGCUUACUGAAGCUAAACACAAGUUAUUGAUUAUAAAAGAAAUUAGCUCAUCUCUUGAGAAUCGAGGUCACCAGUUGAACAAACAAUUAAUUGAAUCUGGUGAACAGUUAACUAGCAAGUUGAAAAUUCUGGAAGAGUUUUCCAUGGGAGGAGUUCAAGCUAGGUUCAUUGGAGGGGAAGAUGUUGGAAGAUCCCUUAGCACAUUAGAAUCAUCAGAUCGUUUAAGCGUAAUCAUUCAAAAUUAUAUAGAUCAAUUACAAUGUCGUUUAAUCAGAUUGGACAAAAUUCAAACUGUUUUCACUAUCAAUUUAACUGAGUUAGUAGAUUGUUGGUCUGACUGGAAAAAUAGUUUUGACAGAUUAAUUGAUUGGUUAAAUGGAACUGCUACAAAUCUAAGGCGCCCAAUUUUCCAUUCACUCGAUUCUUUAUCAACUAAACAACAAUUGGCUAACAGUUUGAAGGCAUUUUAUCAAGAUUGUGUUGGAAAGAAGGUGGAUUUUGAUAUGUGCUUGUUAAAAGCUAAUCAUUUGAAAAGUUUGGCAUCAAGUUGUAAUUUACCUGAUCAAAGUGAACAAUUAUUUGAACAAUAUAGGAAUACAUUGGACACAGCAUAUGCUGCGUUACAACAAAUGCAAAAUGCAGUUGAAAUUCAUGAACAAUUCGAUCAAGUUGUAUCUCGUACUACUCAAUGGCUUGAAAGUUUGACUUCAAAGCUGAAUAACCUAUCUGCUAAUGACAAUACUGAUCGUGUUGGAUUAGAGCAAAAUUUACUGACCUGUCAAAAUCUUUCAGAAACUAUCAAAUGUCAAUCAGAAACUUAUAUUUCUCAAUUAGUUGAAUUGGCCGAUCAAGUUUGCCGUACAACUGAUUCAAUGACAAAUAAAGAAAUAUUAGAUAAGGUCGAUGUAUUUCGUCAAUUAAUUCGUCAAAAUAUACAACAGUUAACUGAUAUUCAAUUAAGCAUUGAAUUAAAAUUAAAUAUAAUAAAUGAUUGGGGAAAUGUAAAAUCUGUCAUUGUCAAUAUUUUGAAUUCAAUAUCACAAACUAUACUAACAGUUUUAUUGGAAGAGAAGACAUCUAUAGAACAAAUUCAACCAAUGACAUCAACUGUUUUACUAACUAUAAAAGAGGAAACUUUAAAAAAAUUUGACAAUGUCAAGCAAGAACUGGAACCAGUUCAAUUAAAAAUUGAUGAAUUAAAGAAAUGUACAGAGAAAUAUAUCGAAUUUGAGCAUAAAUUAAAUGUCAUGCAACAAGUUGAUCAACUAUUUGAUAAAUACUCUAAAAUACAAAAGGAAGUUGAAAUCUGUUUAGUUAAAACUAACAAAGAAUUACAAAAUCUUCGUACAUUUCAUACAAAAAUUGAUGAAUCCAAAAAUUGGAUACUACAAAUCUCUUUAAAAUUAAUGGCUAUUCAUGCUACCGAUCCGGAUGGACCAAAAGGUGUUAUACGUUUAGGACAAGCAGAAAAUGAAUUACGUAAACGUCUCAUUACAUAUCGUGAAGAAAAUUUAAAAGAAUUAAAAUUAUUCAUUGCAAAUUGUCCAUCAGAAAAAGAUUUGAUCAUUGAAACAGAUCGUGUGAUACAAUCAUUAUUUCAAACACCUAGUGGUGUAUCAAUUACAGUUGCUGAACAAAUUAUGGAGAAUAUGAAUAGAAUAAAUGAUCCUAUUCAAUCAGAAAAAAUUGGAGAUAAAAACGAACAGAAACACUUGUUAAUUGAAGAAGAUAACAAAAGCACUUCCAGUCAAAUACCUCUUGUAAAUGAUUACAAUACUGGUCAUUCUAAAACUUGGGCAGAAUUAUUCUCAUUAGAAGUUGUUCAAUUAGAGUCAAGUUGUGAAAAUUUAGAAGUUAUGUGUAAACGUAUCAAAGAUAGACUAAUGGAACAACAAAAACGGUGGGCUAAAUUUGUUUCACUUCUUAUCCGGAUUGAUAAAUUUUUACGCAUAGAACUUUCUAAAUGGUGGUUGACAAAUUCGAAAAAAUUUAUCAAUAAUGCUGAUAGUACAGUGGCUACUAUUGAUGGUAACGCUGAUGAUAAUGAUAAGUGUGAUGUUGAUAAUGAUGACGAUGAUGAUGUAUCAAUCAAUGAUGAUAAAUCACUUCAAUCUGAAACUUCGAAAGAAGUAGAAUUAGUAUUUUAUGAAGAAAAUGUACUACUUCAAAAAAAUGAACAACAAACUAAAAAGCCAAAAUCAUCAUCAACAAUAACUUCCCCAUCUAUACAAGAAUUAUUAGCUCAAAUAACAAAUGUUAAAGCUAUGCACGCUAAAAUACAAAUUUAUCUACAAGAGCUGUCAGCUGUUAAGCAUCGAUGUUCAACACCACCUCCUCGUCCAACCAUAUCUACAAGUUUGGUUUCUUUGAAUAAAUAUUAUAAUCCAUCGACAUUAUUAAGUGAAUUAUUAGAUAAUAAUAAUUAUAAUAAAACCACUCAAAAUGUCAAUUUUGCUCUAUCUAUUAAUGAUUUACCAACUAAUAAUACUACAUCCACUAAUUAUGAGUUAUCCAAUAUGAAUGCGCAAAUAUCUGAAGAGAAAAUGCAUGCUUUAAGUGGUUUGGAACUACGUCGAAGAGCCUCCCAUAUGAAUGAACAACUUGAAAAAGAAUUAAAACAAUUAGAUAAAUAUAUUGAAAAUUUACAAGAUUUAAAAAUACGAUGGGAUCAACAACAUUUAUGUGAAAUAGAAUUUCUGAAUUGGUUACAUAAUAAACAAACUGAAUUCGAUCAAAUUAUUCAUUCACAACAUAAUCUAUCUCAUAAUGGGAAAAUACAUUCUAAUUCUGAGAAUAAUAAUAAUAAUAAUAGUUAUUAUUAUUCACAAUUAUGUAAUUCAAUGGAUACAGUAUGUUUAGAAAAUUUACUCAAUGAAUUAAAUUCUAAAAAAUCAAUUAUCAAACAAUUAAAAUAUCAAUCAAAAUUAUUGAUUAAUAAUAAUAAUAAUAAUAAUAAUAAUAAAUCAAUUUAUUCACAUAAUAUUCAAUUAAUUGAACAUGAUUAUAAAAUAUUUAUCAGAAAAAUUCAAGAUCAUCUUAAACAUCGUCGUUUACUUACAAAUCAAGUUAUAGAAGCUACUAAAUUAACUGAUAAAUUACAUACGGAUUUACAUCAAGUUGUAAAACGUUCAAUAGGUAUUGAUAUUGUACAAUGUUCAAUGGAUAAGGAACUUAAAAAAAUUGGAUGGGAACAUUCCAAUGGAAGAUUCAAUGAUAUCAACAAAACAUCUAAUCAAUAUAAAAUCUCUAAACAACCAUCUUUUGGUGUAAGUAAUUCAAAUUUAUUAGUAUCAAGUUCAGAGAUAAAACAAUCUGAUCGAGCACCGACACCAAUUCCAUUGUCAGAAGUACAACCUCUAUCAUCAAUUAGUCAAUCAGAUUUUAAUAUACAUAAACCUUUAGAAAUAAAUGUGAAAGGGGUAACUGAUUGGUUAUGGUAUUCUGCCUCAUCAGUUUUACCUGAUUCAUCUUUAUUACCUAUGGAUGCUAAUGAAACUUGGGAGAUGGAUCAAAUUCCUGCAGUGUCUGAUAUUAAUGAAGAACAAAAUUUAGAUAGAUCAAGAUCAUCUUCUAGAAUUUCACUGACUAUUCAACGACCUUGGAGCGCAUUUAGAAAAUUUGAACGACAACGUAAACGAGAUAAUGUUGCAGAAUUCAAUGUAAAUAUAUCAAAAGAAACAAAAGCCACAUUUAAACAUAGACCAAAUAAAAUAUUUAGUCAUAUAAAACCAAUUACAACACAAUCUACCGGAACUUCUUUAUGGAGAUCUCAAUCAGCAAAAGUAUUGCCUCUUGAAACCAACAUAGAUAAAAUCUCUAGUCAAUCAAUUUGCAACAUUUCAACUGCUAUAGAUCCGUCCGUUGAUUCAAAUAUUAUAUGCGCUGAAAGAUAUUCAACACAAAGUCCUAUGAUUCCAAUGCUGUUACGACGCAGUAUAUCUCCCAUAGUUAGUAAGACUCUGGAACACAGAACUCAUAAGAUAAAAAAUACAAAUUAUAAUAGGAUUCCAAUUCGAUUCGGCAGUUCAGUUAGACAAAGUGGAAUAGUCGAUCUACGUUCACCGUCUAUUAUUGAUCAAAAUAGAGAAGCUUCAAGUUACCCAAGUUUGUUUGACCCGCUUACUUCAUAUCCUCGUAUUACUAGUAAUGCUACUACUACCACUGCCAAACAUUCUUAUUUAAAUAAAAUUAAUAAUAGUUUAUCACAUUCUUUUCUAUUUCGACCACCAGUUAAUUUAUCUCAACAAAGUUUUCAUAAUCAACCACAUAGACCACUUCAUUCAAUUAGAGUCUCAGGAUUAGUUAGUGGUUAUGAUUUCUCUUCUCCAAGUAUUUCUGAAUUUGAAAAUGUAUUUUGUGCUGGACGUCCACAACCAAUGGGUGCUUCAAUAUCGGAUAAUUUACUAUCACCAAAACUGAAAUCAACUAGUGAACAUGGUCUAUAUGAUUUAACUAGACGAAGAGCAACUGAACCAUUUCAAUUUACAGAAACUCCUACCACUGCUACUAAUGCUGCUGGAUCAUCUACCAGUUUCAUCCGAAAUUUACACAACAUCACUUCAUCAAUAUCAACAUCUAUUCAACAACACUCGAAUACAAAUCCAAUCGAGUCAAUUCGUGUAGUUCGACCACAAACUAUAGCUCAAUUAGCAGUUCAGCGUUAUCGUAAUCAACAAAAACAACAGAGUCAAUUCAAAUUUAAACGUUAAUCAACUUAUUGUACUUCUGUUCAAUGAUGAUCUUCCAUUGAAUAUUUGCUUUGUUCGUUUUUUUUUUUAAAAGAACUAUUACAUAUCAUAUGUGUUCUAACCUAGCUUUGCGGUUAUUUUUUCUUUGAUAUCUCUCAUAGUUUUUACCAAAAAAGUAUUCUGAUUUAUUUCUAAUCAGCGAAUUUUUUUUACACAAAUACAUAACUAUUUAGAAGCUAAUUGAUAUCAAUGAAUAUUAUAUAUGUAUAUUAUGUAUGAGAUUUUUAUUCAGUAGUAGUUUCGUUUAUCUUUCAUUUCUCCUCUCUUUUCUAUCCUUUUUAUUUAACUUAAAACAUUUGUAUAGUUACACAGGAAGAACUGUUGUUAACAAUGGGAAACUUAGUAGUAUAAUUGUGAUAUUCUGCUAAUUAUACAAGCUUUUGUUCCUAUGACAAUGUAUAUGCAUAAUAUUUAGUUUUCUUUCGUGUGUUUUUCUCACUGACCUUCUCGUUUUAUUUUAGUGUUUUGUGUCCAAUGAGAAAUUUUAUUCUUUAUCUCUCCUCUACCAAGGCAUUUGGGUUUUUUCUGUAUACUUCUGCUUUGAGAUACGAAUACAUUCGGUGUAUCUACCAUAUUAUAUCUGUAUAAUCCGACAGUUAUGUACAUAUAAUAUUAUACAGUGUGUGUGUGUGUAAAGUUGCCAUUUGGUACAUCCCCGAGUUGCUACUCAUACAAUAGUGAAUAUGAUUUGUGUUUUCGUUUCCCAAUUGUUUUCGGAACUGAAAAAUUCUUCCAAACAAUCGUGUAGAGAUUUUUUUACUGACCGCUUCUUUAUAUACAAAAUGGAAACACUGGACUGACUUUUGGGAAAAACACUCCUUGAAUUGAGAUUAUUUUGUAUGGUUUAGAAGUGAAUGAAUAUGUAUACACGUCGUCAUUAUCGUCAUCGUUUUCAGACACUGAAAUGUAUUGAUAGGAUAUAAUUUCAAAAUUUUCUUUGUCUUUUAUUUAGUGUGAUUUUGUUUUUUCUCUGUCCUUUCUAUUUUCUUAGCAGAAUUUCUGUGUAUUGGUUUUCUCUUUUUCCUUUUGUAACGUUACUUUGUAAAAGUUUGUUCAUUACUAAUGAUAAUAAUCAGAUCGUAGUUUAGGCAUUGGUUCAAAAUGUAGAAGUACUCGAGAGAAAAUAAUAGAUACGUGUAAAUAGGUAUGUAGUUAACGUAACUCUGUUAGAUGACCGGAGGUAGUCGGUGUGAGAACCUCCUCGACCGUAGGUUAUGUUCUACUUGGAACUUGUCAACAAAGUGUACAUACAAUCCUGAUGGAAAUGAUUCUGGUUGUGAGAUUUGGACCUGCGGCACUCAUUUUCAUAGUCUGAGACGUUACCACUCAGUUAUUCGGGCUUUAACUGAAUUUCGUUAGAUUGAGUUAUUUACACCGACUGACCGAUGAAUAGCGACCAAUGUCAUGUUUGCUCAGUUCUUAUUGCUGUUAGAAUGCCAAUUUCAGUAGGUGAAUAUAUAUGAUCAGAAAAUCAUACCAUUUUUGGUACGCUUUCAUGUGGGAUGCUUCUGCCUAUACUCUCGAUAGCCAAUUUAAUAGUGUCAACCUUUUUUUAAAUAUCUGGAUAUAUACAAGUAUGCUGGUACAAUAAAUAUUCUAAGUUUUGCCAUAUCAGAUAGCUGCUAGGCUUCAGCUAUUUGGUCUAUACUUACCAAAACACUGAUUAGCUCUCAGAAUCCUC